GCGCAGCGUGCCGCGGUGCUCGUGAGACCGCGGGUCCGUCCGUCCGUGCGCGCGCGCGCUCGGGACUGAAUUCUGCGGGGAUCUGCGCGCUGUUCGGGAUGUCCGGCGCGGACAGCGGCGGCGGUAAAGGUGUCCGCAACGCGGCGGAGUACCGGAGCCCCGGGUUCAGAGGCGCGAGAACCACCUCGCUCUUCCGCGCCGUCAACCCGGAGCUCUUCAUCAAACCCAACAAACCCGUGAUGGCGUUCGGCCUCGUGACCAUCACCCUGUGCGUCGGGUACCUUGGAUACCUGCACGCCGUGAGGGAGAACGCGCAGGAGCUGUACGAAGCCGUGGACGGCGAGGGAGAGAGAUGCAUGCGUAGGAAAAGCUCCAAGUGGGACUGAGGGGCUUGAGGGGCAGCCUGCACGCCGGAGACGCCUCGUGACGCAUUAUAGCGGCGGGGUUACCCACUGCCACGCGCCUCGGUAAUGGGAUGACGACAUGACAUAUGUCUGAAUCUUCAUAAAAGAUGUAAUAUGUUAUGGACCUAUCUAGUGUUCAUAGGUGAACGACACUGUUGUAGACGCAGCCUAAAUGUUGUUCUCUGUCCUUCACGAGAGCAGAAAAAUGUCAACACUGUGUUUAGAGCUUAUCUGAAACUUUUUAUAAAUUGUUUAUUUUAAAUAAAAUCUUAAAUGGCUGAAGAAA